UCCCUUUUCUAGAGGUUCUCUAAAGAUGGUGAUUAGAGCUACGUAUAUACAUUUUCAACCAAGCUAAGCCAAGAAGCGCCAAGAAUUUAAUAUAACAUUUAUUUUAUUUAUAUCAUAUUGAGUGUUCUUUUUUAUAAUUAUACAUAUAUACACCGAUAUAUAUACAUACACGUAAACAAUGUUUAGUUCUGAUAGCGAUGUUGUUCGAUGCCCUUACAAUAAACAUCACACUGUACCCAGAUUGAAAUUCCAGCGGCAUCUUGUAAAAUGCGAAAAAAAUUACCCACCGGAUUACAAGGUCCUUUGUCCUUACAAUGCAACGCAUCGCUUAAGCAAAAGCGAGAUCGAAGAACAUAUCAAUACAUGCCCUAUGAGAAACACUGUUGAAGCAAGUUAUAUUCCACCAAGAACUUAUGAUAUGUUAUCAGAGAAAUAUAAGUAUACAAGUGAGAUUAAUAGUGAUGUAUUCUCUGAAAGUCAAGAGGAAAUGGAAAAUUUAUCAAAGAUUUCUUUCAACUCCAAAUUAAGAAACCAAACCAAUGGAUUCAUUAAAGGACACGUAGAGUCAUUUAUUAACACAAUGAACAUUGGACAAAGUAGUUUAAUGCAUCGUUAUGAUAAUCUCAAUGAUGAAGCUAUCGGAGAUGACAUGGAAUCAAUUGCUAGUUCAAUUGGACAAGGUAGAAUGUCUAAUACCGAUUAUCAUAGGAGAUUCAAGAUGAGAGAAGGAAAGAAAUAAAUUAUAAUAUUUCUUAAAAUUAACAUAAGACAAAAUUAACAGAAGAAACAUGUGGUAGAUAUAGGAGAGUGGUAGAUUAAUUUGACAAAAAUAGUAAUAAAAAAAC